AUGGCAGCCUACUUGAGCCGGCUACAUCACAUUUCCCUCCACGUUUCAAAUGCGGAUAGAAUAGCUUGUGACCUUGUUUCCAGAUUCAAGUUUAACUUGUUUGCGGCCAGGGUAAGCGGCAAGUCAAAGCAGCUGGCUUUAAGGAAAGGAGCGGCAGUUUUCGUGGUGAAUGAGCGACCAAAUCAAGUCACGUUAAGAUGUCAUGAGGACCUGCAGAGCGCCACGGGUAGACGGGAGGACCUGCAGAAACGCUGCCGCGGUGGUCCCGUCAAACAUCUUUACGACGUCAAUCCGCAGUACUCCGUGGACACAGCAUGCAACGUUUGUUUCGAGGUAGAGGAUGUGGGAAGGUCAUUCAAGGCUCUCUGCGACCAAGGCUGCGAUUUCCUGGUGCCACCCACGGUAGUCCAGGACGAGAGGGGGCUUGUCACCUACUCCAUUGUGAAGUCCAUCGUGGGAAAUGUGAGUCACACGCUUGUUGACAGAACUAAAUACGAAGGGAGUUUCCUACCUGGAUUCGAUGACGUGGGAAACGUGAACAACAACUGGAAAGCUGACAACAGAGCUUGUCCAGUCACACAUUUUGACCACAUAACCUACGCGUGUCCAAGCAAAACUACCCCACGAGUGAUGCACUGGUAUGAGAAGGCGUUUGGUUUUCAGAGGUUUUUCAUUGAUAGUAAUGAAGAUGUGGAUGAAGGAUAUGUCCUAAACCAAGAUGGCAUUGGGCUCCGUCUUACUGCGAUGGAGUAUUGGAAAUGCAGUAAAGCAGGAAUUACACUUCCAUUCAAGAAUGAAAAUGAACCGGACUGCAAGUUUGUCAUUGCAGAAUCAUUACCUGAACAAGGCAGCAACCAGGUAGACACUUUUCUGGAGGAGCACAGGGGUCCAGGAAUACAGCACAUUGGAUUGUACACACAAGACAUAGUCUCCACGGCACACACCAUGGCUGAGGCUGGUGUGCAGUUCUUCUCCCCCCCACCCACAUAUUACACCGAGGUGGGAAAACAGCAGGAGAUAGAGGAGGCAGGUCACAACCCCCAGAUGCUGGCCCAGUAUGGCAUUCUCCUGGACACAGACCUGUGCCAAGAUGCCCAAUCACACACAGCAUCCUUAGAGAAUAAACGCUACUUGCUCCAAGUGUUCACCAAGCCCAUCUUUGCAGAGGACACCUUUUUCCUUGAGCUGAUCGAGCGAAGGGGGGCGUCGGGCUUUGGCGAAGGGAACAUCAGAGCUUUGUGGAGGUCUGUGCAGGCAUACAUGGAGAAUGAGAGGGGGCAUCCUACAGGAGAGAGCACUCUGAAAAAUGUGCAAACUGCUCAACGUUAAACAUUAGAGUAUUCUAUACCUACAGAGGAUCAAAUAUUUUGUGUCUUUUUGUUUGUUUGUUUGUUUAUUUAUUUAUUUACCUAAAAGCAUGACUGCAAAGUGAAACGUAGACCCCUCUUUUCACUUGUCUGUGAUCUCAGCAUAUGUUGAUGGUCCUGUUUAGAAUGUAUCUGUUACACUCUCAGCAAGCAAAGAAAAUACUUUAUAUUUUAUACAGUAUGUGUAUUUAAGCAUAAAUGAAUUUUCCAAAGCUGUAAAGCGGCACUAUGAACAAAGUGAUCCAGAAUUAAAAAAAAAAAAGAUACAUUGCCACAAAUGAAAUGUUAUUCUGAGAAUAAACUUGCA